AUGAUUGUGUUUCCUGCAAAAGAACUUGGCAAAAAAAUUGAUUUGAAAAGAUUUGUAUAUGAUUUUCCACCCAUGUCAUUCGUACUGGACCUACAUGAUCCAAAAUGUGAAUACAUUAAAGAAAGUAUCAACAGUGAUUUUUUGAUCCGUAUCCCUGAUAAUUGUAGAAAUUUGGAUAAAUGUUAUUUUGAAAUUGCUGAAAAAAUAGUAGAAAACUUAAACUAUGAUCCAUCUGUUGAUGAAGGAAUGUGGACCAAAUUGACAAUUGAUGCCUUUAUUUAUUCAAUGUUGAAGUUUUUUGAUAGCAACUUAGAUGUUUGUUGCACCAUAACACCAACAUUCAAUUAUGGAAAAAAGCCAGACAUCUCAGUAUAUUGGAGCAAUGAACAUUUCCAUACAACUGUUUGUUUGAUGGAAGCCAGUUCUAGACCUUUUGCAGCUCCUGAUAUGUUAAAAAAGGAAGGAGAUUGGUGA